AUGUACAGUUGCAUGGCGGGUAAUGAGGAUAAGAUUCUUUCAGCGAAGAAGUGGCUGGCUAGAAUUUGGGGCGGCGUUUGGCGCGCUAGUGAAUACCUCAAAAGCGGAGACAAAUGUGAUGACGACUCGGAAGAGGCUCAACCAGACGUGUCAAAGGCGGUGAUGAUGCGAGCUGGUUGUGGCACAAUCACCAAGGCGGCGAUGGCAUGGAGCGCUGUGCGCAGCCUCGUGAACCCGCCCGUGGAUGCCAUCGAACAUGCGCUCGCGGUGCUGGCCGACGACACGCAGGUCGCGGCCGCAUGGGCCACCGUCCCAGGAGGUGAUGCUUUGCGUCCGGUGAACGCCUGGGCCGUAAAGUAUGUGCCCGUGACAGCGCUGCUCCCACCGGACAUGCCGCCUGAGUGCCAAGCGAAGCUGGACGCGUACCGUGCCAAGAAAGAGAGCCUUUUCAGUGGCUUCUCCCCUGGCUCCACCAACCCAUCCCUCUUUAUGAUGCAAGAGGCGUUGAUGGAAGUGGGCGCUGUGUGGACCAAGCAGCAUGUGUUCCCACGCCUGCUCCAUCUGUUCAACUCGCUGCCACCACACACCGACACCACAUUGUGUGUCGCUCUGCUGCUGGACAUCAUCCUGCCGGAGCCGCUGCACAAGGGCACCACUGUGCACGACCUGCGAGACGCGACCCUCAUCAGCGUGCUGCGGAGACUUGCUUUCGAGCCCCACUUCGACAACACCUGGGCCUGGCUCGAGCCAGCGGCCACCAGCGGCCACGGAUCGGCCGAACAAGGAAAAGCGACGACACUCUUGGAGGCCAAAGGCCUGCCGGGCACGCGAGCAGCACUGCAGGCGUUUCUUGACGCUCCGCUCGAGCCACAUCUGAUCGGCCGCAAGUGGAUUCCCGACUUUGCGGGUCUCGAUGACGAGAACUGGGUUCAGCUGUGCGAAAGCAAUCCCCAAGGCAAUCAAGCAGCGCUCGCGGUAGCGAAAUGGCUCAUCUAUCUCCUCGACUACCCGUGCGUUCUCAACAAACGCUCUCUGCUCACUGCAUUGGCGGAAAUGUUGCUGGGCGGUAGCGUCGACGAGUUCCUAAUGGUCGGGCGCAACGGCGCAUUAGAGGAUCCACUCAACGACCGGCCCUUCAAGAAGGAGAUCCACGACAAAAUGUGCCCCGAUCAAUGGGCUCUGACGAUGCCGCUUCUCACGGCGAUCUUUCGCGACACUGCGCGGCCGCUGCGAGUUCGAGGCACCGCGCUCGUGGCCCUCACGUUCAUCGUUCCCUUGCCGUCGGCCCCCGGCGAGGAGGAGGACAAGGCCGAGUGCAUGCGGCAGGUGGUCGCGCUUCUGGGCUUGUGCUUGCCGCCUCCGCCCGGCGAGGCCGUAGCCCUCCGAGAGGCCGCCGCUGCGCGUCUGGCCGCCACCGCCAGUGGGCAGUCUGGCGACCUGAGCGCGUUGCCCGACGAGCUGGCCGCGUUGGUGGCGCACCACGCGCUGAUGGCCGACCCCGCCAUCCGAAACGAUCUCCAGGGGUUUGUCGGCUGGUGGCGCGCGCUCGCGGAGUGCACGGCAGCGACAACGACAUCCUGGCUAGCCGAGUCGCAGGAGUUCGCCGACAGAGCGGCCAAGGCGGUGCCGAUUGAGCAGGAGCUGGGGCUGGCCCGGUGGCUGCCCACCGCAGGGCGACAAGUGUUGGCGAGCGCUGUGGUGGACGGCCAGCACGAACCCAGCAGCCCACUCCCCUCGACCGGUGCUCUCAAGCUCAAGCUCUUGGCCGGUAGUGGACCUCGAACGCCCUAUCCCUGGCCAGACAUGAAUGCCGUCGCGCUCUAUGGCCUGAAGCAGGAGAGCUCAUUCAACGCGAUCCAGUCACCCACGCGUCUUGUUGCAGCCCCGGUCAGUGUUUGGCACGACUGGCUUGCUCCUAAAUCCGCUGUUGAUCCUCAACUCAAGGUGCAGGAGCUGGAACCAGCCGCAGCUGUGGAAAUCCAGCUUGCGGCUCAGGAUCAGCAAAUUGCGGACCAGAAAUUCGCUCGCCUCGAGGAGCUGAUUGCUGCAGAGACUGCAGCGCGCCAGAAGGACAUCGAGCAGCUCGAGAAGGAUCAUAGCGGGGAGAUCGAGCAGCGCAAGAAGGAGAUCGAGCAGCUCAAGAAGAAGAUCACGCAGCUCAAGAAGGAUCAUAGCGGGGACAUCGAGCAGCUCAAGAAGGAUCGUAGCGGGGAGAUCGAGCAGCGCAAGAAGGAGAUCGAGCAGCUCAAGAAGAAGAUCACGCAGCUCAAGAAGGAUCACAAGAAGGAUCGAGAUGAUCAAGGUGAACGAGUUCAACUCCUUGAGAUGGAAGUGAGGAAGCACAAAGAGGCCAUAGCAGCCAUGGGCGCAAGGAAGGCGACCUUCGACAAGAGCAAGGGGGCCUUCGACAGGAACUUUGACAAGAUCGUCAAUGCAGUUGGAAAGUCGGCCCCGACCUCUCAGAAGCACACUGGCGAGGAGGAGCGCGACGGCGAGGAGGAGCGCGACGACGAAGAGGAGCCGCAGGCGAAGAAGGCACGAAGGGAAGAGGAGCACGACGAGUAG